GCGGGCUUCCCCCAGGCACCUGGUUGGCCACUGUGAGAACAGGAUGCUGGACUAGAUGGGCCACUGGCCCGAUCCAGCAGGCUCUUCUUAUGUGCUUAUUUGCAGAAGAAAGUGGUGGUGAAGCACUAGAACCAGCAGAACAGCUCUUCAGAGCUAUUCCCCAUUGUGGCAAAAUCUGUGAGAGUCCCAGAGGUGGCCUAGUUUAUGCUUCCUCCUUCUCCUCCUCCUCCCCGACGGGCAGUGCAAUGGCUUCAGAGGCACCGACUGGAUCGUCACUUCCUUGGGACAGAGUCAAAAGAGGUGCUGGGCAGCCACCUCAGUUUGCAAUGUCUGACUUUGCCCGAAGCCUUCGCAUCUGCAGUCAUGCCUUCUGUUGGACAGUACUCCAUCUUGAACAGUCCUCUGCGUCUCCCUUGACCUUUGAGGAGGUGGCUGUGUAUUUCUCCGAGGAGGAGUGGGCUCUGCUGGAUCCUGACCAGAGAGCUCUGCAUAGGGAAGUCAUGGAGGAGAAUUACCAGACGGUGGCCUCUCUAGAAUUGGACCUCAAUUCCUAUUGGGAAGAAGGAGAAGAUGUGAAGAUCCAGGAUCCCAAAGAAGAGGAGACCUCAGCAGCAGAUGAUGGUCAGAAGAAUGAGAAUUAUAUAGAACCACAGAUGAUGUCAUUGGUAGUAGUUGAGUGUGAAGUACAAAGAGAGAUGUUUGGAAAUGAUGGGGAACCAAGAAAGUCUGAAACAAAUGAAUCAAAGAAUAGGAGGAAGAAAUCCUCUACUUGUCAGCUUUUGCAUCGAAGGAACCACACAGGGGGAAAACCAUUUAAAUGCAUGGCAUGUGGGAAGACCUUCAGCCAUAGAGGUAAACUUACUAUACAUCAAAGAACCCACACAGGGGAGAAACCAUUUGAAUGUAUGAAGUGUGGAAAGAGCUUUAGUAUGAGUAGUCACCUUACUGUACAUGAACGAAUCCACACAGGGGAGAAACCAUUUAAGUGCAUGGAAUGUGGGAAGAGCUUCAGCCAGAGAUGUCACCUUACUAUACAUCAAAGAACCCACACAGGGGAGAAACCAUUUAAGUGCAUGGAAUGUGGAAAGAGCUUCAGACAGAGAGGUCCACCUACUGUACAUCAAAGAACCCACCGAGGGGAGAAACCAUUUAAAUGCAUGGAGUGUGGAAAGAGCUACAGUGACAGCAGUUCACUUACUUCACAUCAAAGAACCCACACAGGGGAGAAACCAUUUAAAUGCAUGACGUGUAGAAAUAAAAUUUUAUUAUUAUUAUUAUUAUUAUUAUGACA